AGUUGCCUAUAUAUACACAGCUGCAUUUGCUCUGAUUUCACAGAACUGCAAUCUACAUACACACAUUAACAAACUUUUCUUGUUUUUGUUCUCGUCAUUUUCCUUUUCUCAAGAACCUCCUUUUCUCUUGUUUUGUAUUUGAUCUGAUUUGAUUGGUUUAUCCUUCUAGGUUUAAAAGGCUUUUUGAUUCAAUUCUUGAACAAAAUCUCAAUUUGGGUCUCGAAUGGCAACUUGGGUUUUGUCAGAAUGUGGGUUUAAGCCUCUUGCUCCAUUUUUCCCCCAACCCAGAACUGGGUUCAUCUCUAAUCCACCAAAGAUUGGAUCUUUACAUGUAAACGCUAAGCCAAUUGGUUUAAAUUUGUGUUCUUCAAAUGGGUUUUCAAGAACUAGGCUUUUGGUCCCAAAAGUGAGUGCUCCAUUCAAGAUUGUUGCUCCUUUAGAAGAAGAGGGUGAAAAAGAUGAGAUUUUUAAUGGGGGUGUGGAUGAAGUUGAGGAAUUUGAUCCUGGCGCAGUGCCUCCUUUUAAAUUGUCAGAUAUCAGGGCAGCAAUUCCAAAGCAUUGUUGGGUUAAAGAUCCCUGGAAAUCUAUGAGUUAUGUUGUUAGAGAUGUUGCCGUUGUUCUUGGAUUAGCUGUAGCUGCUGCUUAUGUAAAUAAUUGGCUUGUUUGGCCUUUGUAUUGGGUUGCUCAGGGUACUAUGUUUUGGGCUCUUUUUGUUCUUGGUCAUGAUUGUGGUCACGGGAGCUUCUCAAAUAAUCCGAAAUUGAAUAGUGUGGUUGGACAUAUUCUGCAUUCUUCAAUUCUUGUGCCCUAUCAUGGAUGGAGAAUUAGUCACAGGACUCAUCAUCAGAAUCAUGGGCAUGUUGAAAAUGAUGAAUCAUGGCAUCCGUUGCCUGAGAAGCUAUAUAAAAGUUUAGAUAUUGUAACACGAUUGCUGAGAUUCACUGUGCCCUUUCCCAUGCUUGCAUAUCCUUUUUACCUAUGGGGUAGAAGUCCAGGGAAGACUGGUUCUCACUUUGAUCCAAACAGCAGCUUAUUUGUGCCUAAUGAGAGGAAAGAUGUGAUUACAUCAACUAUAUGUUGGACAACAAUGGCGGCUUUGCUAGUUGGAAUGUCAUUUGUACUUGGUCCUAUUCAAAUGUUGAAACUCUAUGGUGUUCCCUACUGGGGUUUUGUGAUGUGGCUUGAUUUUGUCACCUAUUUGCAUCACCACGGACAUGAAGAGAAACUUCCUUGGUAUCGUGGGAAGGAAUGGAGUUACUUGAGGGGAGGACUUACCACCAUUGACCGUGACUAUGGAUGGAUUAACAACAUCCACCAUGAUAUUGGCACCCAUGUAAUACACCAUCUUUUUCCUCAGAUCCCCCAUUACCACUUGGUGGAGGCGACAAUGGCAGCUAAACCUGUGCUUGGCAAGUACUACCGUGAACCAAAAAAGUCAAGUCCGCUACCUGUUCACCUUAUUGAAGAUUUAACUAAAAGCUUGAAACAAGACCACUAUGUUAGUGACACCGGAGAUGUAGUAUACUAUCAAAGGGACCCAAGACUUGGCAAUUCUACUAAAAACUCAUAAAGGGAAGCUCUUUGAUAGUUUGGAUUUAGGAGUUUGAAAGCACAUUGAUCAUACCUUAUUAUUGAGAGAGAUUGGGAUUUCAUUUGCUAAUGCAAGAGGUGGUAUAGCUAGUAGAUAAUAUUGUAGCAUCAUGCUUCUUUUUAAAUUAAAAAGAAGUCAAUGUAUUAUUUAUUGUAAUUCAUAAACUUGUGGUGCUAUAAUCAUAAACUAUGUAUACUCGUCGCCAUGUGACAAUAGCAUCAAGCCAUCAAGGCGAAUAUUGUGUACUGCAGCAAAUUCUUUGUGUACUAAACAAUUGUUAUUAUUGAAGCUAUUUUACUC